CAUUAGUCUUUCACUGACCAAACCGAAACCAAAGCAACAUUCCUCUCACAUCACUGGAUAGGACAUGAGCGAGAAUAAUAUAACAAAGUGACCACCACUUUUCUCUGACAAAAAACUUUCUUCGCCUCCAAAUUCCCACACAGAAACUCAACUCAACCCCAUUAAUGGCGGAAACCUUACCAUCUUAAUCUUACUCGCUUCUUUCUUUGUCCUUUUCAGCGUGUUUAGGUCAAAAAUACGAACAAACAUAUGCUAUAUCAUACAGGACACUACUGAGCAAUGCCUCCGUAAAAUUCUGUCUUCUUCAUUCUCUUCCCGUCUUUGCAACGUUGUGUCAAGUGCGUACGCACAUAUAUUAAUGUAUAAAUUUCAAAUUUGUAAACUCUCGGAAAUGGCUCAUUUUGGUUAUACUGGAAAGGGUGCUUUUUAUCUUGCCCUGUUUGGCCUUCUAUUUUUGGCGCAAAUUUGUAUCAGUUCUAAGGUUUAUAUAGUGUAUAUGGGAAGCAAAACUGGUCAAGACCCAGAUGAGAGUAUGAGGCACAACCAUCAGAUUCUUGCUUCCGUCCAUGGAGGAAGCACGGAAUUAGCUCAGGCGUCUCAUGUAUACAGUUACAGACAUGGUUUUAGAGGCUUUGCCGCCAAAUUGACUGAUGUCCAAGCUUUCCGAAUUUCUAAGAUGACAGGAGUUGUUUCGGUAUUUCCCAAUGCCAAAAGAAAGCUGCACACCACCCAUUCGUGGGAUUUCAUGGGGCUUUUAGAUGACGAAACCAUGGAAGUUUUAGGCUAUUCCACCAAGAACCAAGUCAAUGUCGUUAUCGGUUUCAUUGACACCGGCAUUUGGCCCGAAUCUCCAAGUUUCAGUGAUGUUGGCAUGCCGCCUGUGCCUGCUAGUUGGAAAGGACAUUGCCAGUCAGGAGAAGCAUUCAAUUCUUCAACUUGCAACAGGAAAGUGAUUGGAGCCAGAUACUACAUGAGUGGAUACAGAGCUGAGGGAGAUUCAACAAACAUAGUUUCAUUCAGAUCACCAAGGGACAGCUCUGGUCAUGGCAGCCACACAUCGUCAAUAGCUGCCGGUCGCUAUGUUUCAAACAUGAAUUACAAAGGUUUAGCUGCUGGGGCAGCUAGAGGUGGUGCCCCAAUGGCCAGAAUCGCUGUGUACAAAACAUGUUGGGACUCAGGAUGCUAUGAUGUGGAUCUGCUAGCUGCCUUUGAUGAUGCAAUAAGAGAUGGGGUCAACAUCCUGUCCCUGUCUUUGGGUCCUGAUGCUCCUCAGGGAGACUAUUUCAGUGAUGCCAUUUCUGUGGGGUCAUUCCAUGCUGCUAGCCAUGGAAUUUUGGUAGUUGCUUCAGCUGGAAAUGAAGGAAGACCAGCUUCUGCAACAAAUCUUGCUCCGUGGUUACUCACUGUUGCUGCUAGUUCCACCGAUAGAGAUUUCACUUCUGAUAUUGUACUUGCAAAUGGUGGUAAUUUCACGGGGGAAAGUCUCAGCCUUUUGGAGAUGACAGACUCAGCAAGGGUCAUUUCUGCAUCAGAAGCCAAUGCAGGAUACUUCACUCCUUAUCAAUCCAGCUACUGUUUAGAGAGUUCCUUGAAUAGCACCAAGGCCAGAGGGAAGGUUCUGGUCUGUCGACAUGCUGAGAGUUCAAUGGAGUCUAAGCUGGAAAAGAGUGUCGUAGUGAAAAAAGCUGGUGCUGCUGGGAUGAUUCUUAUUGAUGAGGAAGACAAAAAUGUUGCCAUUCCCUUUGUGAUCCCAUCUGCUAUUGUUGGAAAAAGGACGGGGACUCACAUUCUUUCUUAUAUUAAUCGCACACGAAAACCAAUGUCUAAAAUAAUGCCUGCAAAGACUGUAUUGGGAUCUCAACCUGCACCUCGAGUUGCAGCAUUUUCUUCAAAAGGUCCCAAUGCCUUGACACCUGAAAUACUGAAGCCUGAUGUCACAGCUCCGGGUUUGAACAUACUUGCUGCUUGGUCUCCUUCAGCAGGAAAAAUGGAGUUUAACAUUCUCUCUGGAACUUCCAUGGCUUGCCCACAUGUAACAGGAAUUGCAACACUGGUCAAAGCAGUUCAUCCAUCGUGGUCUCCAUCUGCUAUUAGAUCUGCAAUAAUGACAACUGCUAGUGCUUUGGAUAAGAAGCGCCGGCCCAUCUUAGUUGAUCCAGAUGGCAGAAGGGGUAAUGCUUUUGAUUAUGGCUCAGGUUUCAUGAACCCAAAGAAGGUCCUCGAUCCUGGUUUGAUCUAUGAAGCACAGACAACAGAUUACAUAGGUUUCCUUUGCUCAAUCGGUUAUGAUGACAAGUCUGUGCAGCUGAUCACAGGAGACAACACUACUUGUGAUCAUCAGCCUUUUCGAAUAGCAUCCGACUUAAACUAUCCAUCUAUAGCAGUUCCAAACCUUGAAAACGAAAUCUCAGUAACCCGAACAGUGAAAAAUGUUGGAAAGCCAAGGAGUGUUUAUAAAGCUAGAGUAUCUUCACCUAGAGGAAUCAAUAUCACUGUUGUGCCAGAUCGAUUAAUCUUCACAUCGUUUGGGCAGAAGAUAAAGUUCACGGUGAAUUUCAAGGUGGCUGCUCCAUCAAAGGGCUAUGCAUUUGGGUUCUUAUCAUGGAACAGUAGAAGAUCACGGGUUGUUAGUCCUCUAGUCGUUCGAGUGGCAACUUCGGACUCAGGUUUGCUGAGAUGACUGUUCAUAUAAUUUUAAUUUAGGACCUGGGAGAUCCUCAUAGAGUUUUGUAUUUAGAAAGUAAUAUAUGAUUAAUAGAAAAAACAAAAAUGUAUUCGUGAAUUUACAGAUUUCAGUGUUUUGAUUCACUUAUUUAUGGAACUUUCAUCA